AUGGGCAGGCUCAUUAAGAACCACUGGGGGCGGUUAAUAAUACUCACCGCGGCAGCUUAUCAAGUUGCCAGCGCCAUCGAAGGUUUCAUUUGGCCCAAGGUAUUCUGGGACUUCGUCUCUAAGAACCUCGACGCCGCAGUUGCACCAGUCCCAGUCCUCCAAAUCCUAAAUCUCAUUAUGGGCCUCGUUGGCAUCGCCUGGGAAUGGCCUCUCAAAUCACUCGCGGGAUCAAUACCACACCGCAGCAUUGAAAUCCGUCUCAUCAUAUACCCACUCAGCGCUCUACUAGCCGCUCUACUCUACCAAGGCACCGAUCCAGCGAUAUAUUAUCUCAUCGGGAUUGGUGUCUAUUUCUGGGCCUAUAGUGAAGGCGAGACCAGCCUGAGCGUGCAGGACAACAAGAUGCCUCCACGGACCCAGACUGAGGAGCCCAAGCUGGAGGAUGUACCAGUCAACAAGAUCACCAGUUUCAAUGGAAGUCUGCGGCAGUACCUACACGGGAUCAAUGCAACGCAAGAAACUACAGGGACACAGAGCACCGGUAUAUCAAAUCGGCGAACCGACACCACCAAAGACGAUCAAAAAAUAUCAACAAUCGACACCCUACCACCUAGCACAAGCUCCAGCCCCAAGCGCAGGAAGGCUAUCACAAACGGUACCACCACAACAACCAAAAUCACCCGGUCCCGAUCCUCGUCAAACCCAACCGAAUCCCCUCCCAAACGCAGACGAAACAUCCCCCAACCAACAACCCCAACAGCGGGCCCAACAGCAAUAGAAUCCGCUCUCCGCGACACAAUCCCCGAAAACCUUCUCCUCCUCCUGGUAGGCGUAAACCCAGGCAUAAUGACCGGAAUAACGGGAUACGUCUAUGCACACCCAUCAAACCUAUUCUGGAAACUGCUCUAUUCCUCAGGAAUAACACGCGUCCGCCACAUACCAGCGGACACCUACAAACUGCCCGAACUAUACAGCGUCGGCAACACGAACCUCGUGGAACGACCCACCCGCGACGCGAGCAUGCUCACGCGCGCGGAGAUGGACGCCGGCGUGCCGGUGCUUGAAGCGAAAGUUGCUGCGCAGAGGCCUGAGGCUGUUUGCCUUGUUGGGAAGAGUAUUUGGGAGGCUGUUUGGAGGGUUAGGCGUGGGAGAGCGAUUCGGAAGGAGGAGUUUCGCUAUGGGUGGCAGGGGGAGGCGGAGAAUAUGGGACGUGUUGAGGGUGAGGGUGGAUGGCCUGGUGCGCCGGUGUUCGUGGCUACUACUACUAGUGGGCUUGCAGCUGGGAUGAAGCCUGCAGAGAAGGAGGCUAUUUGGGCAGAGUUGGGGAGGUGGGUUGUGCGGAGGAGGGGGGAGAGGGAGGGGUUGAAAGUAGAAUCUGAGCUGUGA